AUGGAAAAGACACAGUUGUCGCAUUCUCAUCCACAUUCCGUCUCACCCGAAAGGUCCACGCGACCGAGUCCCAGCAAAGUCCGAAGGGUCGUCCACGCCGCGGUUGGCUUGAGCUUCGCUCUGUUACUCUUCCUCUAUAUCCCCCGAAGUGGUCUGCUUUCAUCACACCAGACGAUCAGGCGGUUCCAUUGUGGAUUCUUCUCUUCGCCCGAUAACGAUGCGCAACGAUUGAUACGUCCUAUGGAGCCUCUAGAGGAUCGAACUCACCAUGCGAACAAGGUUCCUCUGGAGGCUCACAUCAUGAGUAAAUGCCCUGACGCUCAGUACUGUCUUCGGAAAUUGGUCGUUCCAACUAUGGAACGAGUCAGCGACCUGGUUGAUUUUAACCUUGCUUUCAUUGCAAAUGUCUCCGACAAAUCGUCGGGCAUAACUUGCAUGCACGGACCUGAGGAAUGUGUUGGUGACUCGCUCAUUCUAUGCGCGGAGAACCUCCCUUUCAACCCGGAUGGCGACUCUACCGAGCCCAUCCGCAUGCCAACCAUCCGUUCUCUCGGUUUCGCCAAUUGCCUCAUCAGUUCGUACCAGGAGAUCCCUGACCGCGAAUUGGUUCACCAUUGUGCCUUGCAACAUGGAAUCGACUUUGAAGCUCUGAAUGCCUGCGUCAGCAGACAGGAAGAUGAUCCGAACGGUAAAGAGCUCAGUGGCCUUGCCCUGUUGCGGGAGAGCGCUCUCCAUAGUGCCGAGCUUGGUGUCAAAACCAGCUGCACGCUCCGUUUGGACGACGAGGUGUGUAUGUUCUUGACAUGA